AUGCAGUUCAAGGAUUCCAUUCUUUUGCUGACGGCCCUGUCCGCAGGCUCUGCCGUUGCUCGCCUCCACGGCCAUGAACGUCGUCACGCUCACCCUCAGAUCGAGGAAGUCGCUCAAGAGGUUGAGGAUGUCGCGGGCCCGGCUAUCACUCCUGUCGCUGAGUUGCCUUCCGAGUUGAAGGCUCGCGCUGUCGGUGAUGAGGUCUAUGCCACCAUCGACGGUGUUCUCGAGUCCUGGAUCAACGAGUGGGCUGGCGACAUCGCUGCUUCCACCUCCACUUCGUCCUCCUUCUCGACCUCCACCUCCAUCUAUGUCGCCCCAACUACCACUGCUCAGCCCACCACCACUUCCACCUCCGCCGUGGUUGAGUCCACUACCUCUGCCGUCCCUACCACUGCCUCCAGCAGCAGCAGCAGCAGCAGCAGCAGUGGUACCUGGUCCGACACUCCCUCCGAUGGCACUUACAGCCGCUCUGGAUUCGGUGACUCCACUGCCAGCAAGAGUACCGGAUCUCUGGAUUGGGACUAUGUCGGCAACGUCGGUAGCCCCUGGGGUAGCAACAUCAUCCAGGUCGCCGAGUCUAGCGCCAGCCAGUACAAGCACGUUCUCCGUUUCGAGGGCAGCAACACCGAUGACUGGACCGUUGUCUUCUGGAACACAUACGGUCCCAAUGGCGAGAUGGAUGGUUUCUGGAGCCCCAACAAGGCCCUCGAAUUCACCCUUGCUCCCGGUGAGAUCGCCUACGUCGCCAUCGAUGACAACUCUCAGGGCGGUUGGUCUGCUGGUCAGGGAUCUGUUCCCGUCUCUCUCAUUGGUGAAUGGGCUGGUACCUGGGGUGAGUUUGACAUGAGCAGCGAGAAGAACGACGGUUUCUCCGGCUGGGAUGUUUCCUCCAUCAUUGCCCAGCUCGCCGGUUUCGACGUCCAGGGUAUGCGCAUUUGCAACCACCUCGGUGCCAGCUGCUCCAGCAUUGCCACCGGUCUGGCCAGCCUCCUCAACGCCUACACCAGUGCCGACCAGGGCAACCCCUCGCUGGCUGUCUCCCAGAGCAGCGGUGCCGUCCGUCUCAUCGUCCAGCUUGACUGGUCCGAAUAG